GCGAUACGCAGAGUAUUUAUUGGUAUUUUUAAGGUCAGGAUUUGUCAGGAAAUAUGCGAAGCAUCGUUCUGAUUCCUCAUCGACCUUCUUCCGCCUAACGAGCGAUUAAAGUGAGGACAGUUGUAGCAUUUCUUCACAUAAGCGGUUGUUUUGUCGAGAAAAAGCGGACUUUUCAGACGUCAAAAUGCUUCUUACAAUCCGCAAGCAACUCAGAAACCACCCCGCUCUGAUUCCCCUUUUCUUCUUCAUUGGUGGCGGGGCAGCCAUGUCCUUGAUGUACCUGGCUCGCCUGGGCCUGAGAAACCCCGACGUUUCCUGGGAUCGCAAGAACAACCCAGAGCCUUGGAACAAACUGAGUCCAAACUACCAGUACAAGUUCUUUGCAGUAAACAUGGACUACAGCAAACUGAAGAAGGAUCGCCCAGACUUCUAAAGUUCCCGUCUGCUGGAGUAAAAAGCACAACCGUCGACGAAGCCGCACAGUUUGGUCUCAUCUUAAACUUCCUGCAUCCAGGAAUCUGAACAAUGCAGAAGCUAAAUCCGCACAGCUCAAAUUUCAGUUUCUUCAUUGCAUUCAUGGCUGCUUCACAUUAAUUUCUCAUUUUCAAUAAAGUAAAGGAGCACUUCCUCCUUCAUACAGAGUA